AUGGCGCUCUCCAAGCCUCUCCUCUCUCGCCUCCUCCCCCUUCCCCUCCGCCUCCGCCCCCAGGCCUGCUUCCUCUGCCUCGCCACCCCGACGUCGACCCCGACCCCCGCCCCAAUCGACGACGCGCAUGCCCCCGCGGACGCCGCCGCCGAGCGCCGCCGCCGCAAGCGCCGCCUCCGCGUGGAGCCCCCUCUCUCCCGGGGGCCCGCGCCGCAGCGCGCGCCGGGGGCUCCCCGCCCCGCGUCGAACCCCAACGCGCCCAAGAUCCCGGAGCCGGCCUCGGUGCUCUCGGGGAAGCGCCUCGACCUGCACCGCCGAAUCCUCACGCUCAUCCGCGAGAACGACCUCGACGAGGCGGCGCUCCUCACGCGCCACUCCAUCUAUUCCAACUGCCGCCCCACCGUCUUCACCUGCAACGCCGUCCUCGCCGCGCUGCUCCGCCAGGCCCGCUACGCCGACCUCCUCUCCCUCCACCGCUUCGUCACGCAGGCCUCCGUCGCGCCCACCGUCGCCACCUACAACCUCCUCCUCCAGGCCUACUGCGACUGCCGCCGCCCCGACGUCGCGCUCGAGCACUUCCGCCUCCUUCUUAAGGACGACUCGCCCGUGCUCCCCUCCCCCACCACAUACCGCAUCCUGGCGCGCUCCCUCGCCGAGAAUGGCAAGCUGGACCAGGCGCUCGAGCUCAAGGAUGGCAUGCUCGAGCGCGGCCUCAUCGCCCCUGAUACCCAGGUCUAUGCCUUCAUCAUGGGCGGGUUUGUCAAUGCCGGGGACGGUGACAAGGCAGUUUCGUUGUAUGAGGAGCUCAAGGAGAAGCUUGGUGGGGAGCCUAUUCUUGAUGGCGUGGUGUACGGGAACUUAAUGAAAGGGUAUUUUCUCAAGGGCAUGGAGAAGGAGGCCAUGUAUUGCUAUGCAGAGGUGCUUGGAGAGGGUUCCAAGGUGAGGUUCAGUGCCGUGAGUUACAACAUGGUGCUUGAUGUGCUCGGGAGGAAUGGGAGGUUGGAGGAUGCACUCAAGCUGUUUGAUAGAAUGUGCAUGGAGCAUGACCCGCCCAGGACGAUUGCUGUGAACCUUGGGAGUUUUAAUGUGAUGGUUGAUGCAUACUGCCGUGCUGAAAGGUUUCAAGAUGCGAUUGAGGUGUUUGGGAAGAUGGCCGAGAAGAGGUGUGCUCCAGAUGCACUCUCCUACAAUAAUCUGAUUGACUGGCUAGGGAAGAAUGAUCUUGUUGGGGAGGCUGAGGGAUUGUACAAGGAUAUGGGUGAGCAAGGUGUAAACCCUGAUGAGUACACCUAUGUCUUGCUCAUUGAGUCUUGCUUUAAGGUUGAUAGGGUGGAAGAUGCAGUUGCUUACUUCAACAAGAUGUUUGAUGCUGGUCUGAGGCCCAAUGCAAAUGCAUUUAACAAAGUCAUAGGUGGCUUGGUGAAGGUUGAUAGGCUCAGCGAGGCACAAGGGUUCUUUGACAUGAUGCCUGAAAAGGAGGUCAAACCAAACAUUGCUAGCUAUGAGUUGCUGUUCAAGGCAUAUAUUGAUGCUGCAAGGUUGGAUGAUGCGAUUAAGAUAGCCAAAGGUAUUCUGUUGGACGAGAGUGUCGUCUUUAGUGAUGAAAUGAAAGCACUUCUGGAGGAGGCACUGGACAAAGAGGGGAGAGAUGGGGAAAUGGCAAAGUUAUAUGAAGAUGUUGAGAGGGAGAAAGAAGAGGCGGCUGCACGUGCAGCUGAAGAGAAGGCUAGAGCUGAGGCUCUUGCUAAAGAAGAAGAAGAGACGAAGAAGGCUGAGGCAAAGGCUAAGGAAGAAGCGGCUGCCAGGGCUAGCCGAGCAGCUAUUGAGGCAGUGCUGGGUCGCAAGAAGGAAGCAGAAAAACAGGAACCAGUUGAUGGACUGAACGUUGAGGAGGCAGAGGUUGUGGAAUCCAACAAUGACACCAGCGAUGCUUCUGGAGAACUGAGUGAAGGCGAUGAGCAGAAAAAGCAAGAGUCUGCUGAAGCCUCAUCGUGUUCUUAG